UCAGUCGAGGACUGGUGCAGCAUUCUCAUCCACAAUGAAGACGCUGCUUGCUGUCCUUUUGCUGUCUGGCUUUGCAGUCAUUUGGGCAUCCGAGACCUGCUCCAGUGAUAAAUGCAAAAAUUCGUGUAAGAAUCGCUGUGGAGACAAGCCAAACAAGUCCUACGGCUGUCAGUGCAAUGCUCACUGUGAAAGGUUCGGAGACUGCUGCAAGGACUACUCCAUCUGCUCCUAUAUUGAUUCAGAACUGAAUGAAGUUCAUCAUCAUGGCAGUUCAGAUAUUGAUGACAAGUCUCACAAGGCGUCUCACGAGGCCCAUUACACUGAUAAAUCAGAUAUCCAUGACAAGUCGCACGAGGAUCCGUACACUGACAACUCAGAUAUCCAUGACAAGUCGCACGAGGAUCCGUACACUGACAACUCAGGAACUGAGAUCAGCAAGAGCGACAUCAAGGCUGUGUCCGAGAUCUUGUAUCAGUCAGAUGUGAACAAAGCAGCAGAGACAGAUAUUAUCUUGAACAAGCAGGAAAUGUCUGAGAACACUAAGAAAAAAGAUGACCUGUGUGAUCACCCAUUGUACAAGCAUGUGAAUGAAGAGAUAUUUAAACGGCCUACAUAUAAAGCGUUUAUCAAGCUACUGGACAAUUACGACAGGAAGACUGGAAAAGAUGAAACAUUCACAGAAGAGGAAAUAGAGGAGCAGGAGAUUUUCUUAAAGGAGAUUAUGAAAACAAAAGUUAUGAAGGAGCUUUACAAAUUCUUCCACAAAAAAGGACUGUACAGAAAUGAAAAGCAGUUUGUUGAUGACCUGAGGAACAUGUGGUUUGGACUUUACUCUCGGUCUUCUGGGGAACAAGACUCAAGUGGCUUUGAACAUGUGUUUGUAGGUGAAGUCAAGAAAGGCAAAGUAUCUGGUUUCCACUGUUGGAUUCGGUUCUACUUCUUAGAAAAGAAGAAACAGAUUGACUAUUACAGUCAUAAUUAUGAUGGUCCGUGGGAAACCUACCCCGAUGUGUUGGGGCAACAGUUCGAGUGGGACGGUUUCUAUAAACAAGUUGGCACCCAAAUAAUUGGCUCCAGUCCUGAGUUUGACUUGGCACUUUAUAGCCUGUGCUUCAUCGCCCGCCCUGGUAGAAAAUGCCGUGUCAGCAUGGGAGGACAUGAAAUAGACAUACAAACCUAUGAAUGGACCAAAAGCACCUAUGGCAAAGACAAGAAGUUCAUCGCUACAGCCUAUGCUACAUUUUAGAAUGGUUAAAUGGGUUUUCCAAGUUCUAUAAUGCCCCCCUUAUGCCCGGCCCCCUCACACAGAUUGUUGUUACCUUCGCUCCUCAGCACCCGCAUCACUUCUCAUACCAGCAUGGCCACCGCUGCAUCUCCCCGUCGCAAGCGGGGUCAGCCCACGAUGGGAACAAACCUUCCUAGCGACGAGGGUGCUGGGGAGUGAAGUACAACCUCUGUGAGGGGCCCGGACAUAUGGGGGGCAUUAUAGAAUUUGGAUAACCCCUUUAAUGCUAAUCUUACCAUUCUUAAUAACUUACGCUUUAGAAACAGAUUUGCUAAACUUAAGGCCUCAUGCACAUGACCAUAUGUAUUCUGCGGAUAUGCAAAAUACGGAUACCAUCCGUGCUGCAUCCGCAUUUUUUGCAGACCCAUUAACUUUAGUGGGUCCGCAGGUCGGCCAAGUAUAGGACAUGCUCUAUCAUUUUGUGUAAUGGACAUAGGGAUGUAGGAAGCACAUGGAUCAUCCAUAUGCUUUCCGCAUCCGUACGUCUGUUCCUCAAAAAGAUAGAAUAUGUCAGCAAAAUGCGGACCAUGGAUCCAUUGUAAUUAAUG